AGAAUCAGCCUGUGGUAAUGGGUUUCUGUUUUGGUAAAGCUGGAGCGAUCCUGACCAUGAAACUGAGACUUGCAGCUUUCGAAGCUAUGAUGAGGCAGGAAAUUAGCUGGUUUGAUGACCCCAAAAACAGUGUUGGUGCACUCACAGCAAGGCUGGCAUCAGAUUCUGCUCAAGUAAUAGGGGUUAAUGAACUACGUUUGGCCACAUUGGUCAAGAUUAUAUCCAAUAUGGGCAGCAGCAUAAUUAUCUUCUUCGUGCAUGGCUGGGAGCUCACACUGUUCAUACUGGUGUUAACAGCAAUCUCGGCAGGUGCUGGAGCUUUAAAGAUUCAGAUGAAGACUGAUAAAACAGCCAAGAUCAAGAAGGAGCUAGAGAAGGCUGGAGAAAAGGUUACAGAGGUCAUCAAGAAUAUCCGUACAGUUGCAUCUCUGACUAGUGAACCCAAGUUUGAAUCACUGUAUGAGAAUAGCCUUGAAGUUCUCUGCACAAACUCACAGGAAAAGGACCUUGUGCAUGGUUUUGUCGUCAGUUUCUCCCAAGCCUUGCUCGGUGUUGGUUAUGCAGGCUGUUUCUUGUUUGGAGCGUGGCUCAUUGAGCACAGCCAUAUGGAUGUUCAGGCUUUCUUCUUAGUGAUCCUAACAAGCAUAUAUGGUUCAGCAUCUGUUGGAGAGGCCUAUUCCCUCGCUUCAAACUAUGCAAAUGCCAAAACAUCCGCUGCUCACAUCGUGACGCUUCUGAACUCACAGCCUGCCAUAGAUAAUCUCUCACAUGAUGGACAGUCAUUGGACCACUUUUACGGGAAUGUUCAUUUGGAGGGUGUCACGUUUAACUACCCGACACGCAGUGGUGUACCAGUCCUCCGGGCUCUGAAUUUGAAAGUGAGCCAAGGGGAGACGCUGGCCCUGGUAGGAAGCAGCGGCUGUGGAAAAAGCACCACUCUUCAGCUUCUAGAGAGGUUCUACGAUGCCAAGCAGGGUAACGUGAUGUUUGAUUCUGUAAAUGUGAAAGAGCUGAACAUCCACUGGUUGAGGUCUCAGAUCGGUAUUGUGUCCCAGGAGCCUGUGCUCUUUGACUGCAGCUUGGCCGAAAACAUCGCCUACGGAGACAACAGUCGUAUUGUGACAAGAGAGGAGAUCAAGGCCGCCGCUGAAGCAGCCAACAUUCAUACCUUUAUAGAAAACUUGCCAAAGAAGUAUGACACUGAGGCGGGCGAUAAGGGAGCCCAGCUGUCUGGUGGUCAGAAACAACAAAUAGCCAUAGCCCGAGCCAUCCUCCGUAACCCCAAACUGUUGCUUCUGGAUGAGGCCACGUCGGCGCUUGACACCGACAGUGAGAAGAUGGUGCAAGACGCGUUGGACAAAGCUAGGCAGGGGAGGACCUGCAUCAUUGCCGCCCACCGUCUCUCCACCAUCCAAAACGCAGACCGUAUCGCUGUCUUUCAGGGAGGGGUGGUGGUUGAACAAGGGACACACCAGCAACUGCUAGCCAAAAAGGGAGUCUAUCACACACUGGUCACCACUCAGUUGGGCUAUGUGAGGGAAUGAGAAGACUCAAGAGUGAUUCAGCGACUGCACUAUAUGAUGAGAUCCGAGAGGGGAUGCACUGGUCUGUUUGGAAGUCAGACUUACAGUAUAUAAAUGCAUUUUUUUUUUGGACAAUGGGACGAGGCCUAAGUAUUCAGACAAUAAAUGCUAAAUGCUCAGUGCACAGGUUACCUUCUAUAAUCUUUCACAAAUUACCGGUAACCAUCAUAAAUCAUCAGUUGAAGACAGGCAAUGAGGCCAAACUCUCAUGUUUCACAUUCUCUAAGCAAUCCAUACAUUGUCUUGACAGAAAGUACGUAAUGUCAAACUGUAUGAACAUUUCGUCAGAUUUUUAUUGACAUUAGCGCAAAAUGAGGAGCCGCAGGAUCCAAGUGUGAAACCGAUUGAACCAAGUAAGGAUGACCAAUGGAUCAAUAUUUUGCAUAUUAACUAAUGUGCAGGAACAUGGGUUAAAGGCAAGUACUGCAUUUGUUUCAAGGUAAUGACCUCCUUAACUUAAAGUAAAAUAAAUUUAGCCAACUUCGUCAAAUAAUGGCCUAAACUCAAAUGAUUCACAAAGUGCAUCAUCCACCACAGCACAAAU